AGUCGCUGUUGUAAAACAAACGCAGAGUCGAUUAACGGACCUAACCCUAUCUCUCUCUCACUACUACCCUAUCAGUCAAGAACAUACGCUCUCCGUUUCUCUUCUCUCAAAGACUCUUCUUUCUCAGCGACAAAUCUCCCAUUCUUUGUUCGAUCACUCUCUUUGUUCUCGGCUCCCUGACAAGUCCACUAGUGCAUUGGAAUUCACCAAUGGGACGUAACGUAUCUAAUCAUUCGGAAUCUCCAGUAAGGGGUCGAGGAUCUCCCCGUAAGAGAAGUCCGUCUCGAAGAGAAAGGUCGCCUGCUCGUCACAAGAGUUCACACAAGACAAGCUCGCCGCCAAGAGAGAAACCUGCUAGCCGAACCAGGUCUCCUAGACGUACAAAAUCAAGGUCUCCUAUAUAUCGGUCGCCUUCACCCCGGGCAAAAAAGUUAGGAAGAGCUCAAACUGAAAGAGAGUCCGAGAAAGUGAGUGAGAGGGAGCAUGAGAAGAAUCACAAUAGGGGAGGUGACAGGUCUACACAUAGGGAAAAGGGUUCAGAUAGGGAAGUGCCAAGCGAGAAAAGGGAGAGAAGGUCAGGAAGGGAUGCAGUUGAUGGUGGGUCUUCUAGAUCGAGACAUGGGCGGUCAACUUCGCCAUCAGAUCACCACCACAGGAGUAGACAUAGAUCUCGCUCACCUAAUAUGGCUUCUGAUAUCAGCGAGGUGACAAACUCGAGAGUAGCUGAACAUAGGAAUAGUGAUGGUGAUUCAGUAGCUAAAAUGAAGGCCGCUGAAGAUGCCCUGCAAGAAAAGGAGAAGCAAAAACCUUCAUUCGAGCUCUCUGGGAAGCUUGCUGCGGAAACUAACAGAGUCAGAGGUGUGACACUGCUGUUCAACGAACCCCCAGAUGCUAGAAAACCAGAUAUAAGAUGGCGACUGUAUGUUUUCAAGGCUGGUGAAGUGCUAAAUGAACCACUUUAUGUACAUCGCCAAAGCUGUUAUCUUUUUGGGAGAGAAAGGAGGGUAGCAGACAUCCCAACCGACCAUCCAUCCUGUAGCAAACAGCAUGCUGUCCUUCAAUACCGCCAAGUGGAAAAGGAGGAACAUGACGGUACUUUGUCAAAGCAAGUAAGGCCUUACGUGAUGGACCUUGGAAGCACAAAUGGAACUUUCAUUAAUGAUAAUCGUGUUGAACCUCAACGUUAUUAUGAACUUUUUGAAAGAGACACUUUAAAGUUUGGUAAUAGUAGCCGCGAAUAUGUUCUACUGCACGAGAACUCAGCAACAUGAGCAUCAAUUGGAUUCCCCAGGUUGAUUCUUUCUCCUAUCAGCAUGUAGGAGAAAUCAAGACAUUGCUUGGAGAAGUCCGUAUUUUAUGUGUGUCUAGUGACCAACAGGACAUCCGAUCCAACUAUUGAACUCAAUGAAGCAUCUGUUUCACAACAUUUUGGAAUUAUUAGGGUUUUCUGUGAAGCUCCAACAUUAUGACUUGAUGGAGAUGGUUUUUCUGUCGUCCACCUUGAUUUUUGUAGCCUUUGUGUAUCUAUGACAUGAGUGUGUGACUAUUUGAUGGAAUUUUGUUUGUCGGGUGGUAGGUUUAUUACCAACUUUUGCUGUGAAUCUGUUCUUUUGUUUCUUGAAUUGUUCUUAUUAGCUACUGCCACCACAUCGGAAAGAAGAUUGGAUACUGUGGAUUUUGUUGGACUUGGGCACUUUUUCUAUAUGACUAGUAGAUGCUUAUUUUUUUU